AUGCAAAAUGUUAAAACCAAAAAUCAUUCAGCUACACAGCCUGACAUUGAUUUAGCUCAGAUAAGAAAUUCCUCCAAUGAACAGGCAAGAGCAAUGAAUAUAUCAUUGCUUGAGAAUGAUGAAAUGGGUCUUGGCAAAACAAUUCAAACUAUUGCUUUUAUCUGUCAUUUAUAUAAUGAGGGUGUCCGGGGGCCUUUUCUCAUAUGUGCUCCUUUAUCUACCUUACCCAAUUGGUCUUCAGAAUUUAAGAGGUUUGCUCCAAAACUUCCAGUUGUUCUCUUCCAUGGUGACAAGGAAACAAGGAAAAGUUUAGUCUCCUCUAUUUUAAAGAAAAAAUACAUUGUGGGUGAUAAAACACAGUGCCGUCCUGUAGUUUUGACUAGUUAUCAAACACCGUUGACCGAGCAAGCGAUCAUGUCAGUGCCCACAUGGUCGUAUAUUAUAAUUGACGAAGGCCAUAGAUUAAAAAGUCAUAAAACUCAACUAUAUAGAGUUUUGCAAUCAUUCAAGUCAAUGAAUCGCUUACUCUUAACUGGUACUCCUUUGCAAAACAAUUUAAGGGAAUUAUGGUCAUUACUACAUUUCCUCUUGCCUGAAAUUUUCACUGAUUUUGAAAUUUUUGAAGCAUGGCUUGACGUAGAUGAUCUGAAGAAUGAUGCUGAUAAGUUUAUUAAGAAGGAGCAGGAAACUCGUGCUUUGUCUAUGAUGCAUGAUAUUCUGAAACCUUUUGUGUUGCGCCGUUUAAAAACUGAUGUCGCUCUAAGCCUUCCUCCCAAGAAAGAACUGAUAGUAUAUUGCCCCCUCUCUGUCAAGCAAAGAGAUUUAUACAAAUAUGUUGUAGAUAGAAAUAUUGAAGAAUUAGCGAAUCCAGGCAAAAAAGAAUUUGAAAUUUUGCCAGAGAAGCGGCCUACUAAGGCUAGAACCUCAAACUUUUUUAAGGAAUGUGAAUCAGACGAUGAAUUCGAUUUUUACGAGGAUGUAUUAAAUCUUCCUAGCAGUUUCACGGAUAUUCCAAAAAAAGUAAUACGUGAACUAGUCAGAAUUACUAUGCAAAAUACUGCAAUGAUGUUUCGCAAAAUUGUGAAUCAUCCAUAUCUGGUUCAUUUUCCUUUGGAAAAGGAAUGCAUACAAGGUGAAACGCCGGUUCUUCGUAUUGAUGAAGAACUUGUAACUCAGUCCGGUAAAAUGAUGAUGCUUGACGCGUUGAGUAGUCGACUUAUUGCUGGAGGGCACAAAAUACUUAUAUUUAGUACUCUGACUAUGAUGCUCGACAUUAUUGAAGAAUUCGUUAUAAUGAGAGGCUACGACUACCGGCGACUAGACGGCGGUAAAAGCUUUGAACAACGAAGUGAAGCUAUACAAGAAUUUAAUACUGAUCCUGAAGUAAAGAUAUUUUUAUUAUCCACGAGGGCUGGAGGUCAAGGUUUAAAUUUAACUGCAGCUGAUACUGUGAUCUUGUAUGACAGUGACUGGAAUCCUCAAGUAGACAUCCAAGCUCAGGACCGGUGCCAUAGAAUUGGACAAACAAAGCCUGUGAUAAUAUAUCAAUUUGUAACUAGAGGUACUAUUGAUGAAGUCAUCAUUUCAGUUGGGGAGAAAAAACGAAAACUGGAGAAACUUAUAAUACAAACAGAUAAGUUCAAAUUAGUUGGUAAGAAAUUACAAAUAACAGAAAAGGCUGAAUUAGAGAAUUUGAAAAAACUUCUCACUGAAGAUGAAAAAGUAGUUGUUACUUCUGGUGAAAGUGUAAUUAGUAGCGAAGAACUGGAUAAACUAUUAGAUCGCUCAGAUCUGCUACUCAACAUAAAUAAUAAUAAGAAAUAAUAUAUUUCGCACUGUCAUUAGGAUUGGUUUAUAUUUAUUUAUCAUUUAUUAUUCUUAUAGGAGUUUACCAAAUAAGUUGAGUUUUAGGUAGUUCUACAAUGUAAAAAAAUAUCAUAUGACGUUGAUCUUCAUAUUGAUAUAUCAUAUUUAUAUGUAAUGUCUACCUCAAAUCACUACAUGUUUUUUAAAUAAUUUUUUACAUAACGACUAUUUUUAAUCGUUCGAAUCGAAAAUCAAAGAUAUCAGUAGAUAAUAAUAUAGGUA